AUGGCACGUCGUAAGUUCUGUGCAAAGAAUUCUGAUCCAAUGGACCAGUGGCUGGAGUCACAUGGAUUUUAUCGCAAGCACACAGCAAGAGAUGAAUCUUGUUUAUUUAGAGCAGUUUCAGAACAGAUUUUCUUCACACAGGCUGCUCAUAAAAUAGUCCGUAAACAUUGUACGGAUUAUAUGUUAAGACAAAGGAUUAAAUUCAGUAAGUUUGUAGACGGUUCGUUUGAUGACUAUGUGAAAAAAAUUCGAAAUGUGAAUGAAGCUGGUGGUACUUUGGAACUGCAGGCAAUUGCAGAAUUUUACCGGCGUGAUGUGCACAUAUUCCAGCAAAUUGGGAAACCACCAAUACCUCUUACAAAACAUGGUUAUCAGGAACAAAUUGUUUUAUGUUAUUCAUCAGAAACACAUUAUGAUUCUGUGUACCUGAAUUCCUAUAUUAAUAAUGCUGGAUUUUGCCAGUCAAUUGUUUAUACAAUACUCUAUUCCAAUGUUUUUUUGAUGAAUGAUGUAAGCACUGCUGUAGAAAUAAUGUUACGGAAGUCAGUGACUGCAAAGAAAAAAAAUUUUGCGGAUUUUGAGGACACAGAGAGUCUUAAUGUGUUUACAAAUUCACCAAAACCGGAGACUAUUGAAAAUGAUGAAUUGCUUAGCAACAUGAAAUAUUUAAUUGCAUGUGGACUAGUUCCAUUUCCGUACAAGGUUGCUAAGGCAUUAGAUGCAAAUAUAUACAGAAAUGUAGAAUUUGAUGCCUGGAGUGAUAUGAAAAGAGACAAAAAAUAUGGAAUUCUUCAAGGAAAUGAACUUGGUGAAGGCGUCAGGUGCUUGGUGAAACUUAACCCAGAAAAACUAUUUUAUGCUUACAUACAACAUAUGGAACCAGAUGAGGGACCAGUUGUUGUGUAUGUGGAAGAUCUUGCAAAAAUGUGUACAGUUGAAUACAGUCAACUGGAACCCUUGCCAAAAAAUGAAAGGCCUCCGUUGCCUCAACCAACUCGCCGAAUUCGUGUAAGAAAUGUUUUGCAGAAAUUAGCAUUAAAUGCUGCUUAUGAUUUUGGAACAAAACUUAAAAAAACUCGAGCCGGUAAGCCUCGAAAAGUGAAAGAAGACUUAUGUCGUAUCCAAAGUUCAAAUGUUAGUUCCACUCUUAUGACGCAGAAGUUGCCUCUGCACAAUGAAAAGAGAUGCAAUGGCGAUCAACUACUGACAUCCCAGUGUCAAAUAAAUUAUAGCAAUUAUCAAGUUGCUAACUGCAAUCCUUCACAUAGUAUAAAUUUUCAAGCUAAUGGAAACCUUGCACAACUUCCUGUAGUGGGUCAAGAGUCACCAAGAACACAAGAUUUUUGUUCAACUCAGCAUGUUCCUAGUACGCAGAUACUAGUACCAUCUACAUCAGCUGGCGGAUACCAUCCAGAAUGCACUAUUGCUCAAGAAAGGUGCUUAAAUACCGCAGAAUCUCCUCCACCAGAACCAGAUUCAACAACACCAACAAAGCCUCCAGUCAUUCUUACUAAUGAAGUGAAUGUGUCGGCAAGUGAAACAGUGUCUCAGACCGUAGUUUCUCCUAACCAUAUUGCAUGCAGUUGUUGUCCUGGCAGUUCCUGCCUCAAGGCAAACCCUGUCUAUGUUUUAAGCCCUAGUGUUCAAUUUGUCAGUCACUUACCACCACGUGUAUCGGAAGGAACUGAAGAUUGUGUUCGCACAACCGUUUCGGGUCCUGCAGCCAAGGGAUUGACGGGAAAUUUAGUUCAGGCAUUGAAUAUGGUAGCUCAGAAGUCUGUUUUGCCUGAUGGUAGUGAUUUACCUCUUCAUGAUAUCCAGACCCUGAGAUUCUACUACAACCUUGGGUGUGAUUGGUUUCGACAGAGCUGCUUACCAUUGCCAGUCCAUAUUGACCCAUAUGCUGGAAGUUUAUCAUCAUCAUCAGCAGCAGCAGCAGCAACACUUACAGCCCCAGAAAAUGAAGUAAGCAGCACAGUUCCUUGUCACUCCACACAACCAUACACAGGUCAUUUACAGCAAACAGGACAACAGAAAUUCACAGAUGAUCCACAAGGAUCUGCUAUUAUAAUGGACCAUGGGUGUGAAAACUCCAAUUUUAGUGGCAACAUGGGAUCUCCUGCUCACACAAUAGGAACUGGUAUGAACCAGCCAUGUCUGACAAUGUAUAAUACACAGUACAUGCCAGUGUACCCAGUUGAUGGAGAGACACAAGUUGUUCCUAUAUCAGUGCCUUACUUUCAUUAUCCAGUAGCUACUAAUAUACCAUUAGCUAUUACUCAGGAAACUGAUUCAAAAAAUGACACCUCAUCACUAGCUCAAACCACCAAUCUGACACAGCCAGUUCCUGCUGAAAGUAGCUUCUAUCCUGGAUAUGCAUAUUACAAUAUUGCAACAGGCCCAUAUAUUCUCCAGCCAGGAACACUGUGUCAGUCUCCUGGAAUUGUACCUCAAAGUGCUUCUCCUAAAUGGAAUAUGCCAGUUUCAUUUCAUCAGUGUGCACAAUAUUCAUAAGGUGAGAUUCCAAAUUCUGUUAUGUCUGUAAAGUGUACUGAAGA